GAGAAACAUUGCAACACGUCUCCUGGGCAUUUACUAUAGAACAUUUAACUUAUUUAGACAAAAAACUACGUUCAUGAGGUAAGCACCAUUUACCAUUGCAAUGGAUGAUUCUGUGAUGCAGCAGCACCUGCUUCACUACAAACAGACCACUGAGUCUGCACGUGAGGAGCUAGCAGCCCUACAGGCCAAAAAUCAAAGUCUCCAUACACAGCUCCUGGAUUGUCGGUCCAAGCUUUCCUCUCAGGAGGCAACGCUGCAAGGGAUGAGAGAUGCAAUUGAGAGGCACAAGGAAACAGAGGCCAGACAGUCAUCUCUUAUUAGUUCCCUUAGGGAGCGUACAAACAACACAGAACAAGAAAUGAGCUCCAUAACGUCCUUCAAAAACAUUUUAGAUAUGAAAUUACAGGCCCUAACCAAGGAGAAUAUGGAGUUAAAAGAGAAAACAUUGGAAAUGGAAAUUAAGUCAAAGGAGUAUUUUGAAGAUUGGAAGAAGACAAAGCAAGAGGCAACAGCUAUAAAGGGGAAGUGUGAGAAUUUCUUGUCCAGACUAGCCAGCAAGUUCUCUGUUGAUUUAACUGAGAUUGAAAAACCCAUGGAGACAAUCAUCUCUUUGGUGGAACUAUGGAGCAGGGAGAGAGAGAGACAGAGGACUCAGAUAAAUGCUCUAGAGGAGAAUGUUAAAUCUCAUGAGGUGGAGUGUAAGGCCAGCAGAGAAACAGUGAAGAGACUAGUUGCUGAUGUGGACCAUGAACAAAAAGUCUCAGCUCUUCGAGCUAGUGACCUAAACUCAGUCAGACAGGAACUUGAAUGUGUUAUGCAAAAGAAACAGAGUUUGGAUGGAGAGAAUAAAAGGCUUAGGAGAAAGCUUGAGGAAAGUGAGCUUGCCCUGGAUGCAGCUAGGGAGGAGUCUGGCGGCUAUGAGAAGCGCUUUCAAGAUCUGGAGCAAAAGCUACUCAGGAGCCAAACAGAUGCCCAGGAAUUAAAGAGUCACAGUGAAGCCUUUUUCAGACAGUCGGUUGUUCUGCUAGGGUAUGAUCCUGCUAGUGAUCUGCCUGAAGAUGAACACAUUUUGGAAAGAAUAAAAGAAGUCUGCAGGAAAGAGAAGACCAGUGUUAUGUCUGUGACAGAGAUGAAGGCCAGACUGGCUGAGGUAUUGCAGGAGCAAGGAAAGCAGUCAGAACUUCAGAGUGUAGCAGAGCAAAAAGAGAAACAACUACAAUACAAACUGCAGGACAUGGAGUCUGAGCUCCUCACUGCAAGAGUGAAUCAAGAUGGACAGAAUCAUGAAAAACAACAAUAUCUGAAGUUUUUGGAGCAGCUUUCGGAGAAACUGAAAAUUGAAAACUUAACUACUGAUUUGGGCUUUGACAUGCGACUUGAGGCAAUACUGGCACGUGCAGAACAGCUGACUCAACAAGAGGGGACUGCUUUAGUUGAAAAUAAAACUUUGGUCUACAGUCUUCAGAAAAAGCUGAAGGAGCAGAAGCAGCGUUUGGAUAGUAAGGAGUUGCACAUAGAGCUGCUGAGGAGGAAGGUGACUCAGCUGGAUGAAGAAAAAAGGAGUCGCUCAGCUCUGGCUGUGGAGCGGGAUGACGCCACACUGGCCAGCAAGAAGCUGCAGAAGAAAGUGGAGCGGCUUCAGGCGGAGCUCAGUGUCAUGCGGCUCUCAACCACUGAGCUUAAAGCACAGCUCUCCCACACCAAUGAGCUCAAGAUCAGGGUGAUGGAACAAGACACAACCAUUGAAGAGCAGAGUAAGAAUCUGGACAAACUAAAGAAGAAUAAGGUGAAAGCGGAGAACAGACUCACCACAGUAAAGACAGAACUCCAUAAUCAGGAACUCAGAGCCAAGGAUGAGCUACAGCAAGCACAGGGGCUGCUCCACAGCCAGGCUAGUGCCAUAACAGAGCUCACCCACAGGGAGAAAAAGCUGCUGGACUUCUUCACUGUUGUAUCUCAGAUGCUGGGGGUGCACAUGCCUGCCUCUAUGCCCAGUAGUGAGGUUAUUAAAAGGCUGGAGGUUCUUCUUCACUCAGGCCAUCACCUCCCCCUGGUCAGCCACUGUAUAGUGCCACAUCAGCACCACAUGGAUCUAAUCUCAGAUGUCUGUGACUGUUCCACAUUUACAGGAGGCUCUCUAGGGACAGAAGCAUGUACCUUCUCUCAGCCACCCACUACAACUACACCCUGAGCAGCAAAGGUCCCUGAAUGUCAAUGUCAGAUUAAAUUAAUGGCUUAUGAUUAUUUGCCCAAUAGGAAGGGA